UCACUCUUCGAAAGCCACCUGAUUGAGCGAAUUUCAUUUUAUUGGAAACUAUUUAAAAUACUGUGCUUUCAAAACAAAAGCAACAUUGUUGCGAUUUCGUUGGGGGCGUGGCCGCAACAACUCCGCUCCAGUGCAACAACAACAGAGCACGCGGAGAGCAGAAGCAGAGCAGGAAAAGUCGGAAAAGACAGGGAAGUCCCGGAAAAUGAAGAGCAACGUUAAUCAGGGCGGUUACGCCCCACCCGGUUUCGGAUCGGGAUUCCAGCCAAACGCCCCUCCCGCCGAGGGAUUCGGUUACCCCCCGCCGAGUGGCUCCCCCUAUCCACCGGGCCCCGGUCAACAGCAACCGCCGCCGCCCAUGAAUUACGGCUUUACGCCAGGUCCUCAGCAAGCCGGUUACGCGCCCGUUCCCCAGAUGCCCCCGUACGGAGAGACCCCGCCCUAUGGAGCCGGACAGCCACCCUAUGUGGGUGGUGGGGGAGGAGGACCACCGCCACAGGCCUAUGGGGGAUAUCCCCCGGGACCGGCGGGACCAGGAGGACCUCCACAAGCAUUCGGUGGCUAUCCACCGGGUCCGGCAGGUCCAGGAGGUCCUCCACAAGCAUUCGGGGGCUAUCAACCGGGUCCGGCAGGACCUCCACAUGCCUUCGGAGGAUAUCCACCAGGACAGCUCCAACAGCCCAUUGUCACGCAGCCGGGAAUGGGUCCAGGAAUGGGUCCGGGAAUGCAACCUCCGCAGGGCGGACCAGCGGGAGACUGGAUGAGUAUACCUACCGGAAUUCCGAACUGUCCGCGCGGAUUGGAGUACCUUACGACUAUCGACCAGCUUUUAGUUAAGCAGAAGGUCGAGCUGCUCGAGGCCUUCACCGGCUUCGAGACCAACAACAAGUUCACGAUCAAAAACGCCCUGGGACAGAAGGUCUAUUUCGCGGCGGAGGACAAUGACUGCUGCACCCGCAACUGCUGCGGACCUUCGCGUCCCUUCGACAUGCGGGUCUUCGACAACUUCCAACAGGAGGUCAUCCACAUGCACCGGCCGCUGGCCUGCUCCUCCUGCCUGUUUCCCUGCUGCCUGCAGAGCAUCGAGGUGUCGGCACCGCCCGGCAAUGUCAUCGGCACCAUCGAGCAGGAGUGGUCCAUCUGCUCGCCCUCUUUCAGGAUCCUCAAUCACCUGGGCGACACGGUGAUGCGCAUCGAAGGACCCUUCUGCACCUUUUCGCUAUGCGGCGACGUUGAGUUUAAUGUUGUUUCGCUCACGGGCGAAAAGGUAGGCAAGAUUUCGAAGCAGUGGUCGGGCCUGGCACGGGAAAUUUUCACGGAUGCCGACUUCUUUGGCAUCAGUUUCCCCCUGGACCUGGAUGUGCGCAUGAAGGCCGUUCUGCUGGGCGCCACAUUCCUGAUUGAUGCCAUGUUCUUCGAGAAGUCUGCAAACCAAGAAACCGAUAGACCCGGCAUGUUGUAGAGAUCCUGUGGUGGCUUGUAUGGCGAUGAUUUAUGCCUAGUGGGUGGAUGUUGUGCCGAUUGUGACGAUUGCUGCGAUUGCAAUUGUGACGAUUGCGGCGAUUGUGGCGAUUGCAAUUGAGACUUUUAGUUGUUGUACAUUAUUUUGAGUUGCCGCUUUAUCCAAAUAUCUUCCCUGUGAACUGUCGCUUACUAGUCUUCUGUACCAAAUGCUUAUUGAUAAAAAUGGAAUCGAGUAAUGGAACUCCUUGUGAAAACAAACUGAAAAUCAAACCUAUUAAACUCAGGCUUCCUUUAACGGUUCAUUGCCAGGAUAUAUAAAACUAACUUUAAGUUAUGAAGCAUUUUUAAUAUUUCGCCUCAUCAACGAAUUAUAUUCAACGACAAAUCUGCUUCGAUCAUGAAUUUAUAACGAUGCACACUGAAGCAAAAACUAACGAACGAACUAUUCGUUGUUAAACCAUGUACUUUAAACUGUAUUUUUGAGUGUCUUAUGUAUAGAAACAUAUAUACCAAUGUUUAUUGUUAAGCUGUCAGGAAAUCUAUAUAUACCCCUACUUGUAUUAUAAAAGAAAUGUUUCUUUUCUUUUUAUUUACUAUUAUAAUGGUUAAAUAAA